AUGGCGUCGCCGCCGCUGCCCGGCUCUUCCUCCUUCUACUCAAGCGAGGACGAACCCGCCUUCUUCCUGAACCCUUGGUUCGAAUGGGAGGGAGCCGGCCGCCGCGUCUCUCCCUACCACCCGCCGCCGCCGCAAACCCUAGCCCAUGGCGUCGCGGCCGCCUCCCUCCUAACCCCUGGCGCGUCACCCACCUCGCCUCCACCCAUCGCGUCGCCGCCGCCUCCUACUGAGCCCGCGCCUGGCUUUGCCUUCUGCCCGACCGACAGCGAGCUCGUCUCCUUCUACCUCCGCCCAAGAAUCUCCGGCCAGCCCCUGCCAGACGCCACCAGCCAGUUCUUCCACGAGGCAGACGUAUACGCCACAGAUCCGGCCUCCCUCGUCUCCGGCCGCCUGCCAGGCCCGGCGAGGGCUCAAGGCGAGAGCAAGAACUGGUACUUCUUCAGCCUCGUGAAGCCCAAGAGCGCCCAGAAUAGCCGCAAGUCUCGGAUCGUCGGAGGAGGCAAGGGCACAUGGAAACAAGAGCGAGGGAAUGACGUCGUCGACGGUGAGGGCCACGCCGUCGGCCGCUUCGAGAAGUUCACCUACACACCCAAUCCCAAGGAAGACAAGAAGCCGCCGGAGUGGCUCAUGAUGGAAUUCAGCGUCGGCCAAGAAGACGGCGGCCAGCCGGGGCCGGUUCUUUGCCUCUGCAAGAUCUACCAGAGCCCGCGGUUCCUCAAGUCCGCCUCCAAGAACUCGGCGUCCGCGCGCAAGAGGAAGACGCCUGACGACGGCCCUCGGCUUUCUCCGCCAUCUCUGCACGCGUCUGCGCCCAAGAAGAGCAAGGCCCCCAUGGACGAAUCACCCGCAGCCAGGCGGCAGCUCCUGUUUCCGUCGUUGCCCCCUCCAUCAAAUCUGCCGUCGCCCGUCCUGUUUGCCUCGCCCCCUCCUUCCGCACCAAAUCCCGUGGUGGAACUGGAAGACGACUUCUUGGCGAAUAUUCUUGCGGACCCAGAGAUGAACUAG